AAAGCUUUACGGGGCGUUGAUUUCCGGUCGUACCGCUGAAUUUCCAUGUUUUAACAGGCGUAGGUUUAGUAUUAGUGUGUACCCGCGCGCGGCAGUGUGUCGCGUGUCUGUGAACGUCCUUUGCCGGCAUAAUUGUCACUGCUUUGCGCCGCAGGCAAGCUAGUUUGCCUACAUGCAAGUUACCGUCGCUGCUCCGCCACCGUUGCCCAGCGAUGACCGAGAGCCCCGCCACCAAACAAGCCAACGGGGAAGUGUGUCAGCCACCGAAGAAUGGACUGAAACCGGAGAGCAACGGCUUCACGGGGAGCCUCCACCGCAUAAGCAAGCGGCCGACUAAUCGUCGUUGCCAAGCGGACGAGGAGGAGAUCGCAUGCCAACAUGACGGCUUGUACAAUCGUCCUUUUAAAGAGUACUUUGAGGAGACGCCCAUGCUGGUGGCAGUCCUCACCUACAUCGGCUACGCCAUCCUCACCAUCUUUGGCUACCUCCGCGACUUUCUCCGCCACUGGAAGAUUGAACAGUGCCACAUCGCCAGAGAGAAGGAGGAACAGAAGGACUUUGUGCCACUUUAUCAGGACUUUGAGAACUUUUACACCAGAAACCUCUACAUGCGCAUCAGAGACAAUUGGAACCGACCCAUCUGCAGUGUUCCAGGAGCUAAGAUGGACCUGAUGGACAGAACCUCCCACGACUACAACUGGACUUUUGAGUACACGGGUCGCACAGUGAAGGAUGUGAUUAACUUGGGCUCCUAUAAUUACCUGGGCUUCGCUGAGAAUACAGGUCCAUGUGCUGACUCGGCAGCCCAGGUCGUCCGGACAUACGGCAUCGGAGUCGCCAGCACCAGGCAGGAAAUUGGGAACCUGGACAAACAUGAGGAGAUGGAGAAGCAGGUGGCCAAGUUUCUGGGGGUGGAGUCAGCCAUGGCGUUCGGAAUGGGCUUUGCCACCAACUCCAUGAACAUACCAGCACUGGUUGGGAAGGGAUGUCUCAUUCUGAGUGAUGAACUGAACCAUACUUCUCUGGUCCUGGGAGCCAGACUCUCCGGCGCCACCAUCAGAGUCUUUAAGCACAACAACAUGCAGUGCCUUGAAAAGUUGCUGAGUGAAGCCAUCGUUUACGGUCAACCCAGAACCCACCGGCCGUGGAAGAAGAUCCUGAUCGUGGUGGAGGGCAUUUACAGCAUGGAGGGCAGUAUAGUGCGCCUGCCAGAGGUGGUCGCUCUGAAGAAGCGCUACAAAGCCUACCUGUACCUGGACGAGGCUCACAGCAUCGGGGCCCUAGGUCACCGGGGCAGAGGUGUGGUGGAUUACUUUGACCUGGACCCCUGUGAUGUGGACGUGUUGAUGGGCACCUUCACCAAGAGCUUCGGGGCUGCUGGGGGGUACAUCGCUGGGAAAAGGGAGCUCAUCAAGUACCUGCGGUCCCACUCCCACAGCGCCGUUUACGCCGCCUCCAUGUCUCCUCCUGUGGUGGAGCAAAUCAUCACUUCUAUGAAGUGCAUUAUGGGAGAUGACGGAACAUUGAUAGGCUGCAAACGUCUGCAGCAGCUGGCAGAAAACACCACCUACUUCCGCAGUAGGCUCAGAGAAAUGGGCUUCAUCAUCUACGGUAACGACGACUCCCCCGUCAUUCCCAUGAUGCUCUACAUGCCCGCCAAGAUAGGAGCGUUUGGCAGGGAGAUGCUGAAGAAGAACAUCGGCGUGGUGGUCGUGGGUUUUCCUGCUACCAGCAUCAUCGAGUCGCGGGCGCGUUUCUGCAUCUCUGCUGCUCAUUCAAAAGAAAUCCUCGACAAGGCGCUGAGUGCCAUCAGUGAAGUAGGAGACCUUCUCCAGCUCAAGUACUCUCGUCGCCGGACGCAGCACGCGCCUUUAGCUCAGCUGUUUGAUGAAAACAUGUUUGAGGACAUUGACGACUGAAGAACUUUUCGUUCAAGUGCUUUGGAACAGAAGAAAAAAAAAUCCAGGUGAGGAUCCAUGACUCGUCUUCCACGAGGAGCCAAACGUGCUCACCUCUCGUAUCGCAGGAAACAGGAAAAACAUCUCCAGAUUCUACUUCGCCUUACAUGAUAAACCUCUGAAAGCAGCACGAAUGCUCGUCCUGUGUCUUCUGUUUUUACUAAUCUGUCUAAAAAGAAAACACGUUUUUUUAUUUUCAUUUGAAUGUUGUGCCUUUUGUUGAUACACGUGUGAAGUGAGCGCCACUAUUCCAAAUGUUACUGAAGGUUGAAGCUGCUAUGAGUGAAAAGUCUCAUUUAAAUCCAUAAUAAUGCUAAUAAUUUAACCAUACUCCUAUAUGUUGAUUUAUAUGUAUGUUUUCAUACUUUUCAUCUGCACUCCUCUAUUUUGUGUUUGCUAAACUUAAGAUUGAAGCUUAAUGUAAAGGUGAUUUAAAAAUUCAAGAGGUUUUUGAAAGAAAAAGUAGGGAUUUCUCUUUAAAUCAAAAUAGUUUUAGAGCUUGAAAAUGACCAGCUCUAGAAAAACUAUAAAACGACAUUUCGACACCCAAGUCACCAGGUUCUGUGAAAUCCAGAGCCGAUGACGUCGGUAUUUUAAGAAGUGAAUGCUUUCCACCAAACUGUCAGCUGAAUCUCCGCUCGAGACGGCGAGGAAGCUGGCAGGUGUGAGUGCGGCACGCUCUAACAGCUGCUUUCAGGUAAUGAUAAAUCACACCUGAUACCCCCCCACUCCCACACACACGCCUCAUGUCUCAUUAUGAGUUUAUUUGCACUGCGGCGCUGUCGACAGAUGACGUUUGCUUAGAAAAAUUGAUGUCAAACAACAACAAAAAAAACGGAAACUUUUUUUAGGUUUCGUUUUCAACGUUUUUCGUAUUUAUUCAUGACUUAAGUGUCUUUUUUUUUACACCAGAAGCAGCAGGAUUUAGUUGGUUUCGUCACUGCCUCUGGAUCAGCUUAACAAAGUGCCAAAGUGGAACGGUUUAAUCAAACGUUAGCUCUCAUUUCACCUCAGAGGCUUUUGUUGCACACUUUGUUGUAACCACUACUAUGUUUUAGACGUGAAUUCCAGUAGAAGUGCAGCUUAAUGAUGUUGAAAACUAGGUAAAUGGAUUUGGUGAAAACUUGUUUGACCUCGUUAGUCGGAGCGUUUUUGUUGGAGUUUUACGGGUACACCAACAGAAACCAGUAUUCUGCCGUCACUUUACACCCAUUAUUCCACCGGUUUCUUCUUUUACACUUUCUUACAUUCCCAUAACGGUUGCGUAUGCAGCCAUAGGAUGGAGGGGCAAGUAGGUUACCUGUGUCUAACUGUUAAUACCUCGAAGGACGGAGCGCCAUCUGUGUGCCGUGGCAUUCAUGACUUUUUUUUUUUUGUGGUGCGACUGAAGGGUGAGUGUUGUGCUGCACGCUUUAUCUCCGCACUUCAUGGUGUUUUAUGUCCUUUCACGUUGGGCUUCAUGUGUAAUUUGUGCUGCUAGAAUGACACUCCUCACUGAAGACGACGGUAGGAAAAAGCUGCGAGCACACGUGUGCGUUCUGACACUCUGGGCGGUAAACGCUGCAUGAACACUGUGAGGACAUGUCACUGAUGCUGCUUUCCACUCAUUUAGCUUCUCAAGUGUAUGUUGAUAUCUUCAAAGUAAUUCUACAGAUUUGUUUGUUCAGUUUUGUGUCACUGAAAAUCUGAAAACAGUGAAGCUUCAGAUGUGAUGUGUGAUGUCUGAGAGCACUGUUGAAGUUCACGCUUCAGAAUGUUGCUUUGACUACAUAAAGCACCUUGUUUUUCUUUUUUUCUACUCAUGUUGGGGGGAGGAAAGCAACAUGUUCCAAGUCUGCAUAGUAGUGCCUUUUUUAAAGCUAAAGAUUUUCUAGAGAACUUAGUGACGGCGUCACAUUCUGACAUUUUUGACAUCUUUUUGCCUUCAUUAGUACACAAACGUAACGCAGACUGGCUGUGUUGUUCUGUUGCCACGCAUUCCUCAUACAAAGUGCACUAUUUGCAGAUACUGUUGUGAAAUGUCAGCUGAAUUCAUGUUAAUAAAACCAUUAAAGUAAAA